GCCGGCCCCGAGAGAAGUUGCACGAGACCUCGCACGGAACGCAGUCGUCUGGAGACACUAGGUGCUGUCGUAGCACGAAUAUCGGCUAGUUAGCAGGAACCUGUCUGGAUUGCUGCCAAAGGCUCGACGAUUCCUCCUCCGCGGGAUGAACACCAGGGACAUAAUCGAUUUUUCGGCGCUUGACGCGGACAUUCAGGAACUGAUACGGGAGAGCGUAGCGGUGCGUGAGAACUCGUACUCGCCGUACAGCAAGUUCAAGGUGGGCGCGGCGUUGCGAUGCGCGGACGGUAGCAUCUCGAAGGGCUGCAACAUAGAAAACUCGUCCUUUCCCGCGGGCGUCUGCGCCGAGACGACGGCGAUCGUGAAGGCCGUGUCGGAGGGCAAGAGGCAAUUCAAAGCGCUAACCGUGGUCGCCGAUCACGAGAACACGACAUUCACCGCGCCAUGCGGGAUAUGCAGGCAGGUGAUCUCCGAGUUCGGUGAUAUACCGAUCUACCUGACGAGAUCCGACAUGAAGAAAGUUCUACGGACUCGGACCAGCGAGAUAUGCCCGCUCUCGUUCCACAUGCAAGAUAUGCAAGAGUCAUAACCGACGAUUUCAUCUAAGAUCCUUCGACCAACGUAGAGGCUAUGAUAAAACGCGCGGAGAAUUUUAUGGACGAUUGACUUAAUCAAAUUAUUUAUUCGUUAUUAUAUAAAUAUAGUUGUAUACAUGGCGGGCAAUAUAAUUUGAUCAUCUUAAUUACUUCCGUUUCUCCAUUGGAUCCAAAUUAUUCUGUUAACACUUUGGGUCAGGAGGACAUGUAAAUUGACGUUUCACUUUUUUAUAAACCUUUUUUAUGAAGUUUUCAAGAUCACCUUCAUUUUUUUUAAUAGAGUUAUAGAUUUUUUUUUUGUAAAUCGAUUUCUUUGUUCAUUUUGCAUAUAAAAAUACCAGGGUCAUCGAAAGGUGAAUAUUUUCGAGAUAUUUUACUUUUAUAUCUUGUGUGUACUAAAAAAGUAUCAUGAUAAAAAGUAAAAUAUCACUUUUCGAUGAUUUUACUCUUGUACUUUUAUACGCAGAAUGAAUAGAGCGAACAGAAUGAACAUAGAGAAACGUCAAUUUGUAGGUCCUUCUGAACCUAAGUAUUAACAAGAAAUAAUUUGAAUUAGUCCAGUAGAAGCAGAAAUAAUCAAGGUAAUUACGUUAUGUUGUCCAUCCUGUAUAAUGAUGAAUAAAUAAAGCACAUAUAUCAGACUAUAUAUACAUUACCUGAAAUAUGUGCUUUAUGUAGAAUUAGUUAUAAGUUGGAGUUUCACGGAAUCGGAAUUAACGAUGCAGAAAAAUUAUGUACAACGAUGUAUAUGCAUAUAUAGGAAUACAAAUUUGUUAUUGUUUUGAUCGCUCGGUUUCCUCAAUGGAUAUAAGAUCGAAAUGAUAGUAUUUCCGCUGUAAACUUGUUUAUUUUUUUUUUUACAGACAGCGUUCGACUAUACGUAAAAAAAAAAACAGACUAAACACAUCGCCAUUAUAACUGUCAACCAAACUUUUAUAAUGUACACAAUGCGCUAGUAUACAUUCUACUUAUUACAAUAGACUGUUUAUCUAUCACAUAUAAAUCAUACAAUAAGGGUAUAUAUGUACAUCAUACAUAUUGAUCACUGUGAAAGUAAAGAUAAUAAUAAUUUCGUAACAAUAUAAAUGCUGCAGAGCGGUCGAUUGCACAUGUACGAGAUGCCGUCUUCACAUCGAAUUUACAUUUACCAGAAGGGACACCUGUAACGUGCAAUUACGAAGUUUGUAUCCAUGUUUUUUAAACAAUUUUUAUAUGUGUGAACAUACUUCUUAUAUUUUAAAAUAAGCUGGAAGCGAGUUGUUAAUACAGUAUCAACAAAAUAAGAGUGUCUAUUCUAAAAGGGAAAUAUCUGUAACAAAUAAAAAAAAUGGAUUGUCGAAACGA